AUGACGACUUCCAAUGGCAAGCUUAGUCCGCGGACUUUGCUCUACAUACUCAAAUCAAUUAUUGGCGUUCCAGACGAAGCCUUUCAGGCAGCGAAGUUUGCAAAAGGACAAGAUCCGAAGACACACGCCCCGGUCAAAUGUGCUGUUUGUCAGACACCUACCACAGAAUGCUGCGUGGGCUGCUCGAACGUCGUCUACUUCACCGAUCUCACAGCGGAUCGAACGUAUUACUGUAAGAAAGCAUGUCAAGAACAAGGUUGGCAGAAACACAAGGAAGAGUGCAAGAAAACCAGGGCUCUUGUCAAUCAACAAACCCUGCAAAGAGCUGCAACGCUUAUGCAACAGGCGUUCUACACUUUUCGAUUGAUGUCCUUCGACUUGUCGUUCAAGAGCUUGAAGUGGUCCGAGAACACUCUUGUUCUAAAAGAGGGAGCUUAUGAAUUCUUUGACAUCUUGGCUGAUUUUCCUGACGAGUUGACACUCAAUGAGAGUCAACAGACGAAGCAAAUACUGUUGACCAUGACAUCUUGCUCUGACACACUGAUAUCCUUUCACAGAGUCUGCGUUCUAUUUCUGAAAGAUGCUGGCAUGACCAAGAAGAUCGAGGAGGUACCUUUUUUGCCAAAGCCAGGACCAAGAGCUUGGAUCUUUCACGGUGGGGACAGCACAUCACAUACGACUUCCCAUGGCAAGAAGUCGUCGCGCAAUUUUACGUUGCGUGUGAUCCUCGUAAUACUGAGGAGACGUGACAAUGACAUUGCCAGACACUAG